CUGAGAUCCAGAGAGCCUGGAAGACAGACAGCAGCGUGCAGAAAAACACACCCGGCUUCCCCUGUGCCCCCAUGCGGAAAAAGCCCCAGGGGAGAAUUUGCCAGCUGAGCUUCAACAACAAGGUGAUUCUAAGCUGACGCCAUGGAGAAUGGGAGGUGGAGUUGCGAGGACGCUCCCAGAGCUUCCAUGCCAGAUGAGCUGUCUCAUCCGAAGUUCUCCGAAUGGAAGUUUAAGCUCUUUCGGGUCAAAUCCAUGGAGAAGGCGCCGCUGCCGAAUGAAACGCCGGUGGAUAAGGAGAAUGUGCCUGAGGUGGAGAUGGAGAUGGUGGGCUCCCCGGGUAGCGUGAUGAAGCUCUGUUUUGGAGGGAAGAGCAAGGAGAACGUGGAAGGAGCUCGGGAUAGAGUGGAUCUUAAACUGCAGGAGAUUGACACCCACAUGAAUCUUCUGAAAACUCAGUGUCGCCUGUGCGGACUGUCUAUACGGAAAGCUAAAGGUCCAGCGCACGAGGUCCAGGGAGACUUGGAAGAAUCCAGCAGAUGUUCCCUGCGCAAGAUGGGCUGCAAGCUGGUGACCUGGCCAGAGGUCAUCUCGAAAGUCUUUAAGGUGGACGUAACAACCGACAUGGAGACGGUCCAUCCUUCCAAAUUCUGUCACCGUUGUUGGACUGCUGCCAUGAGGGGCGGUGGAUUCUGUACCUUCACCAGGACCAGGAUCCCGGAGUGGAUGCCCCACACCUCCCAUUGCAACAUCUGCUUCCCCAAGAAGACCUCAUUUAAGCGGAUGGGAAGGAAGCGGGCCAAGCCAGUAAAAAAUUCACACCUUUCAAAGAGAUUCAAGCGUGACUCUCCAACAUCAUCUAAUAGAGUGUGGAGACAGACCCCAGAGAGUCUAGAGACAUCAGGUGGCACAGAAUGGAUCAAACCAUCGGUUCAAAGAGGACAGUGGGUAAAGGACAUCACACAAUGCCAGCGGGACCAUUUGAACACCAAGCUGGUCUCCCAAGACCUCCCAACGGACCUGUUGCGUGCCUUUACGUGUCAAGUAUGUGAUCACCUGCUUUCCGAUCCCGUCCAGUCGCCAUGUCGACACCUGUUCUGCCGUAACUGCAUCACAAAGUACAGUCACGCAUUGGGUCCAAACUGUCCCACCUGCCACCAGCACCUGAACCCAUCUCACUUGACUAGACCGGCAAAGUUCUUCCUCACAAGUCUCAGCUCCCUGCCGCUUAUCUGCCCCAGCGAGGGCUGCACUGAAUGGGUCCGAUUCGACUCCUUUAGAGAACACAGCCUCAACCACCGUGCCAAAGAAUCCCAAGAAGAGCAAACGUCUUCAGAGCAGAACUUAGACGGUUACUUGCCGGUCAACAAAGGGGGACGUCCUCGGCAGCACCUGCUUUCGCUGACCCGUCGAGCCCAGAAGCACCGUCUGAGGGACUUGAAGACCCACGUGAGGGUGUUUGCUGAUAAGGAAGAAGGGGGAGAUGUGAAGUCGGUCUGUUUGACGCUCUUCCUUCUGGCGCUGAGAGCCGGCAAUGAACACAAACAGGCAGAUGAGUUGGAAGCUAUGAUGCAAGGUAGAGGAUUCGGGCUACAUCCCGCAGUGUGUUUGGCCAUAAGGGUCAAUACCUUCCUGAGCUGCAGUCAAUAUCACAAGAUGUAUCGCACUGUCAAGGCCACUAGCGGCCGCCAGAUCUUCCAGCCUCUGCACACCCUCCGUAAUGCCGAGAAAGAGCUUCUUCCAGGCUUCCACCAGUAUGAAUGGCAACCCGCUCUGAAGAACGUGUCCAGCUCUUGGGAUGUGGGCAUCAUCGAUGGCCUCUCCGGUUGGACAUCCUCCGUGGAUGACGUCCCUGCGGACACCAUUUCUAGAAGGUUCCGCUACGAUGUGGCACUAGUCUCUGCAGUGAAAGACUUGGAAGAGGACAUCAUGGAGGGGUUAAGAGAAAGAGGGCUGGAUGACAGCUCGUGCACCUCUGGUUUCACCGUGGUGGUGAAAGAAUCGUGCGACGGUAUGGGAGAUGUUAGCGAGAAGCAUGGAUCAGGCCCAGCAGUCCCGGAGAAGGCUGUGAGGUUUUCCUUCACAAUCAUGUCUAUUAACAUCCGACUUGACGAUGAGGAGGACGCAGUCACGAUUUUUCAGGAACAGAAGCCAAACUCUGAGCUGUCCUGCAGGCCUUUGUGCCUUAUGUUUGUGGACGAGUCAGAUCACGAGACCCUGACAGCCAUCUUGGGACCCGUGGUGGCAGAGCGGAAAGCCAUGCUGGAAAGUCGGCUAAUCCUGUCUAUCGGCGGUAUGCAACGUUCCUUUAGAUUCUUCUUCCGAGGCACGGGCUAUGAUGAGAAGAUGGUACGUGAAUUGGAAGGUCUUGAAGCCUCAGGAUCUACUUACGUAUGUACGCUGUGUGACUCGACUCGAGCUGAGGCCUCGAAUAACAUGGUGCUGCAUUCCAUCACACGAAGCCACUGCGAAAACCUCGAGCGUUACGAAAUCUGGAGGAAAAAUCCUUUCUCGGAGUCUGCUGAUGAACUCCGUGACCGUGUCAAAGGUGUUUCUGCCAAGCCGUUCAUGGAGACCCAGCCCACCCUGGACGCCUUGCACUGCGACAUAGGCAAUGCUACGGAGUUCUACAAGAUCUUUCAGGAUGAGAUUGGCGAGGUCUUUCUGAAGAGCAAUCCAAGUCGAGAGGAGCGCCGGCGGUGGCGUUCAGCACUGGACAAACAGCUGAGGAAGAAACUGAAGCUCAAGCCCGUGAUGAGAAUGAACGGAAACUUCGCCCGACGGCUGAUGACCCGGGAAGCAGUGGAGGCGGUCUGUGAGCUCGUUCCUACUGAGGAACGCCGUGAGGCUCUGCUGAAGCUGAUGGAUCUCUACUUCCAGAUGAAGCCUGUGUGGAGGUCCACCUUCCCGGCACGGGACUGUCCGGACCAACUCUGUCAAUACAGCUACAACUCGCAGCAGUUUGCCGAUCUCCUUUCAACCACGUUUAAGUAUCGCUAUGAUGGAAAAAUCACCAACUACCUACACAAGACAUUGGCACACGUGCCUGAGAUUAUCGAGAGGGAUGGGUCUAUCGGAGCGUGGGCCAGCGAAGGCAACGAGUCCGGUAACAAACUGUUUCGCCGUUUCCGAAAAAUGAACGCAAGGCAGUCCAAAGCAUUCGAACUUGAAGAUGUCUUGAAACACCAUUGGCUGUACACCUCCAAGUAUCUACAGAAGUUUAUGGAGGCGCACAAGAAUUCAACAAAAGCUUUGCAGGCUACGUUCAAUCCAGAAGAGACUCCAGAUGAUGUUGACAUGGCUGUUGAAAUUCCAGAUUUUUAA